GACAGGAGACCAGAAUAGCUAACACAUUCUCUCCUCUCUCGACUCUCCCACCUCCUUGCUGUCCAGUAGCUUUCAUAUUGCCUCGCGUCACCAAAUCUCCCGGACUCGAAAGAGCCACAACUCGCCGUUUCCCUCCGCUGACCCGUCCACGCCCCGCGCCAUCCGUCCGUCAUCUGACGACCGUGAAUCAUCUCCCAUUCCCGGCCAGACACCCGAGGCCGACCCUCCGGACAACCCCCCCCCCUUUCUUAAGCUCAGUAGCUGGAGUCGCCAGACUUCUUCUUUUUCGCAGCAGAGUCUGUUAUUGUCAUUUUGUUCAGCUUUCGAGUACAGAAAGUACAUAGUGUUAGCCAGCCCAAUAUAAUCCACGUUGUCUCACCAGAGAGGCUCGACCCCCGAGCACACGGUCAAGACGUCCUGCGACCUGCUGUUCUCUACUCUUGCAAACAAAAAAAGGAACUGCUUUUUACGUUGCUUUCGGGACCUAAAAUCCGAGAGGCUGGGAAGAAAACGCCCAAGGGAGGAAGAACAAAGACAUCACAUUAACACCAUGAUCUACAAUAGCCAGCCCGACAUGGCUGUCCAGGACGACCUGUCGAUGCUCUUUGACAAGAGCCUCACUCUCAACUCUAAACCGCCACCAGCACCCCAGGACGAUAAGAUCAUCUAUAUCUCCCAGCACUACAACCACAGCGCGCACAUCGUGGCCCAGCAGCAGCAACCCCCAGCCCAGUUGGACGAGCACAUGCAGCGACGGUCCUCGGAGCCCCCGCAGUCAGGCCUCCAGGACCUGGAGCUCCUCCUCCGCAGCCACGGCGUGGACACGUCGGCCCUCUCGCUGCCGCAGGUCGAGCUGUUCCGCAACGCCGCGGACGCCCAGAAGGCGCGGCUGAUCCAGCUGUGGACCAUCUGCCCGCCAAACAGCGCCGCGGACAACCCCUCCCUGACGUGGAGCAACACCACGGUCGAGCAGGAGGAGAUGCUGGCCCAGAGGCGGUACGAGUACCAGCAGCAGCAGCAGCAGCAGCAGCAACAGCAGGGCCUCCCGGACGAGACCGUCAUGAGCCUGGACGGCACCGACACGGGCACCACGUUCGGCAGCUCCCCCGCGUCCAUGCAGUCCGGCGACGGCCGGUGGGUCGCCCACGCGCAGCACUACAUGGAGCCGUACAUGCAGAGCGGGUACGAGCAGCUCGCCAAGAAGGAGUACGACGCGUCCGCCGGUGGCAGGGGCGUCGCCGAGUACAAGAUCGCCACGGACCCGGUGUACCAGUCGACGGGCGGGGUGCUGGACUACGAGAGGCAGCAGUGGAUGGAGAACCAGUACGGCGCGGCGGUCGGCGGCGGCUGGGGCGAUGAUGAGGAGAUGUUGUAGGGGCACGGGGUCGAGGUCUUGUACUCCCCCUUCAUUUGUCUUUGAUGACGGCCGGUUGGAUCCAGUUGUCUGACUCUGUCUUGGUGCGAGGGAUUUCACGAUGGUUUGUUCUUUUUUCUUUUGGCAAGAAUGGCAUGGCACAGCACAAUGAUACCGGAAGACUGCGUUGCGUACAUUGCAACUGGGAAGGGCGUUAGCAUUCACUCAUAACACACUUACAGCUACCCGCAGGGGAUAUGGCGUCUAGGCUUCUGUUUUCUUGAUAGCAAUUAUACACUCACUCCCCGCA